GUAAAUGAGUUGAAACAAAGCUCACGUUCAUGACCUGCAAACCAAGGACGCUAGAGUAAAUGUCGUUCCCAGGUGCAUUUAAGUCUCAAAGUCCUACUUAUCGCGCCAUUUAUUCCUCCUCCCUCUCCCUUUCUCUCUCUCUCUAGCCUUUUCUAAGAUCCUCUAAGGUGGUCUGACUCCUGGCCGGAGCCAAGGUGGGAUAGGGUCUGAUUUGGAGGAAGAUGGGUGGGUGUUGUAGCAAAGAGGAGGUCAGGCCAGGAAGGCUUCAAUGCAAAGAAGAAGAAGAAGAGUUUUAUGAUGGGGAGGAGGAGGAGGAGGAGGUGGAUGGAACACGUGCGAGGUUGAAAGGGUCGUGCACCUUUGCCUCUAUGUACACGCAACGAGGAUGGAAGGGUGUCAACCAAGACGCAAUGACCAUGUGGGAGGAUUUUGCUGGUGAAAAGGAUACAAUCUUUUGUGGUGUCUUUGAUGGCCAUGGCCCGUUAGGUCACAAGGUGGCUGGCUGUGUUCGUGAUGCCCUUCCAUCAAAACUCUCUUCGGAAUUGAAGUCAUCACAAUUCUUUGAUCCGGACAACAAUGACAGAAAUCUGAAUCAAAACAAUGUCAAUGGCAAUGACAGCGAUGACUCGGAUCACUUCCAUGAUGUUAGUGAUGAUUCCCAACUAUGUUUCUCCUCAUGGAAGGCCAUCUUUGUUGAGGCCUUUGAGAAAAUGGAUAAAGAGCUCAGCCAACAAGCUAGUAUUGAUUGCUUUUGUAGUGGAAGCACAGCAGUAUCCAUAGUUAAACAGAGGGAACACUUGAUGAUUGCCAAUUUAGGAGAUUCUCGGGCUGUUCUUUGCACCAGAGAUGAUAAAAACCAACCUGUUCCUGUCCAACUUACUGUCGAUCUAAAACCAAAUGUUCCAAGUGAGGCUGAAAGGAUUAAAAGUUGCAAGGGAAGAGUUUUUGCUCUCAAGGAAGAACCAGAUGUGCAUAGAUUAUGGCUGCCCAAUGAUGAUUCUCCAGGCCUCGCCAUGGCAAGAGCUUUUGGAGAUUUUUGCCUAAAGGAUUUUGGGCUUAUCUCCACCCCACAGGUUUCUUAUCGGAAGCUCUCUGAGAAGGAUGAGUUUGUGGUUCUCGCAACUGAUGGGGUAUGGGAUGUCCUAUCAAACAAGGAAGUUGUGAAGAUUGUGUCAUCAGUUAGUCAUCGAUCUGAUGCUGCCAAGAUAUUAGUAGACCGAGCAGUCCGAGCCUGGAGAUACAAACACCCUACCUCUAAGGUCGAUGAUUGUGCUGUUAUAUGCCUGUUCUUGAAUCUGCUUCCCACAUCAACCAUGCCAACAAUGGAAGCUCACAGGAGCAGUGGAAAAUCUCUUGAAUUAUCGCUCUCUGAAAGCUUCAAAACAGCAAGAAGUGGGGAAGUCUCCGACUUGGACGAUGAGAGUACUGCAGGCUCAAAGGAAGGGUGGACUGCUCUUGAGGGUGUCAGCAGAGUGAACUCAUUGUUGAAGCUUCCCCGGUUUACCAGUGUAUUGAGUUGGCGCAAGAGAUCGGUCAAAGGAGAAGAGAAUGAAAUGCCAACUUCACCCAAGAUAUAGUUGUUACCCUUCAAUUGAUGCAAACCAAUUUUAAUUGGAGUAGAUAUAUACUUGAAGAUAUCCUCUCAGAAAGGAAUAUGUACUUGAAGGUGAAUCCAAUCCAUUGCCCACGCAACACGGUCGCGAAAAAGGCAUGGUCUUGUGCACCUAAUCUAUGCUCAACAGGACAAGAUGUCCACAUGAUCUAUGCUACUGAACUUUUCUUGAAAAGAUCUACUCUACUAAAUCUAAGAAACCGCAAAAGAAACCAAGUUGAUGAGCAAGAAUACCUUCGCUUACAUCACUUCCACCAUUUCCCAUUCUUUCACAGCAUGCUCUGCUUUUUAUCAGUAAUAAUUUCAAGAAAACAGCUACAAUAAUUGCCAGGUUUCUUAUGAUCCUCUGGGAGGUGUUAAUGAAUAUAGCCAGGUUUCUUAUUCGUG